GUGACAAGUUCCGAUUGGUCAUAGCCAGCACCUUGUAUGAAGAUGGUACGCUGGAUGACGGUGAAUACAACCCCACAGAUGACAGGCCUUCCAGGGCCGACCAGUUCGAGUAUGUGAUGUACGGGAAAGUGUACAGGAUCGAGGGGGACGAGACGUCCACUGAAGCAGCAACGCGCCUCUCUGCCUAUGUGUCCUAUGGGGGCCUGCUCAUGAGGCUGCAGGGGGAUGCCAACAACCUGCAUGGAUUUGAGGUGGAUUCUAGAGUGUACCUGCUGAUGAAGAAGCUGGCCUUCUGAGCCCGUGGGGAGCCAGCCUUGCUGCGCAGUCGCUUAGUCACGGAUGUUCAAGCCAGUACAGUUGCUGUUGUUCACCUGUUCAGGAGGGGCUGGUCUCUCCACCCUGGAUGCAUCUUUAACUGGUCUGGACUCAGUGGGAAACUGCCUUGCUUGUGAAAGGCCCAGUGGGAGAGCUUAAAACAAAACUGAGGUUUUGUUUUGUGUAUAUGACUUUGUAAUUAAACUUUACUUUUUCAGAC